GGCAGGCUACUCAAAGCAGAGACAACAGCGGAGAUGGGAGCUGGAGACGCACUUUCCUUAUGGGGAUUGAUACUAGUCAUGCUACCUGGAGUCUUGGGUCAUAUCUGGAAUGUACAGUAUCAAGAUACUUCAGUCUGCACAGUGAGAGGUUCCACUGUGUUCAUUUACUGUAAAUAUGAUUACCCAGAUGGAUACACAAUUAAGGAGACAAUGUGGUGUCAGAAAGAUAUUGAUUGUAUUGACACAUCAUAUGUCUGUCACAGUGAAAAUUAUAACCUAACUGAACCCAGACCAGGACAGAGUGAGAAAAUGGAGGCCAUCAGUCACAGGGCAGAAUGUUUGGGCGGCAAAAAGAAAAACUGCACUUUAAAGAUAUCUAACACUAGGAAAACCGAUGCUGGAGAGUACAGAUUCAGGUUCAGAAGUAAUGCACCUCGUGGACAAUGGACUGGUCAAUCGGGAGUGAAGCUAUAUGUUCAUGAAUUGAGGGUGGUGAUGACAUCAUCUGGAGUAAAUGGUACAUUAAGAGAAGGAGACUCUGUGAAUCUGACAUGUGACACAGGGAACUGCUCUCACAGCCAAUCAGAAUUCACUUGGUUUAAGGACAAACAGCUGCUGUCAGACACACAGUCCACACUUCAGUUUGAUCCUGUCUCCUAUCAUCACUUUGGAAAAUACUCCUGUGCUUUGAAAGGACAUACAGAGACUGUGUCUGACGCUUUCAUACUAAAUGCUCAAUAUGACUCUCACAUGACCACAACACUGGUUAUAGUGGGGGUGGUAUUGUUUGUUCUGGUUGUUGUUUUUCUGGUGGCCAUUGUUGUGAAGAGGAUGAAGGGCAGCCGGCUAAGGAAAGAGACAUCGAGGACAGUGAAGACACAGAUUGCAGAUGAGCACGUUCAUGUUCCUGGCACAGAAAGCACACAUCCCCCAAGCAUGGCGCUGGGACUGGACACUUCUCCCCGGGAGGAAGGAGUCAGCUAUGCUGCCCUUCAUUUUGACACCAAGCCACCAGUGAAGCGGCCUGUGGAGACGGAGCAGACGCAGCAGGAGUCAGUGAUUUACAGCUCGGUGCUCACUGCUACAAACAGGGUGAAAUGACCAAGAAGCACUGCAAGGCACACAGGAGGAGAAAAGCUGAAAUCCAUCUGGUCCUUCAUAUGCCCUUGUCCUGGUUGAGGAUCAGUGAUGCCAGGUUGACCAGGACCGGCCAAAACCUGAGAACAGAACCCCAUGCCUUGUGAGCAACUCCAGAUGUCCCAUCCAGGAGAUACCAGUCCUCCCAAAAGGCCCACGUCCCACCCAGAGUAUCUGCCCGUAUGCAGUGGAAGCCCAUUUGAGCUUGUUUCUCUAGGUCUGGAGGAGAGGUAGCAUCACUCUCAGAUUCUUGAGAAACACCAAGGGUUAGCACUGUUGCCUCACACCGCUGAGACCCAGGUUCGAAUCUCCGCCUGGGCCACAUGUGUGUGGAGUUUGCAUGUUCUCCCCAUGUCGUCGUGGGGUUUUCUCUGGGUACUCUGGUUUCCCCCCACAGUCCAAAAACAUGCUGAGGCUAAUUGGAGUUACUAAAUUGCCCGUAGGUGUGCAUGCGUGAGUGAAUGGUGUGUGAGUGUGCCCUGUGAUGGGCUGGCCCCCCAUCCUGGGUUGUUCCCUGCCUCGUGCCUGUUGCUUCCGGGAUAGGCUCUGGACCUCCCGCGACCCAGUAGGAUAAGCGGUUUGAAAAACGGAUGGAUGGAUUGAUGGAUGGAAGUGCAACUCUCUAAUUAGAAGUUCUUAAAGCUGGUAUUUUUUAUUUUUUUUACCUUGCAAAGAAAUUGUCUUGUGCACACAAAGGUACUUUAUACAGAGUAUUAGAGUCUGCACACUUAUGCAAGCUUGUUGUAUGUUUCUUAUUUUUUACAUUUUUCCCCCUAACAGAUGUUUGUCUUUCCUUUGAAUUGUACAGGUUAUAGGUAACAUUAAACUAAUAACUAAUAAAGGUAGAUCUUCAGGAGCAGCGUUGGUGGUCACUGCUUUAAAGUGUGACUGAUUCCAAGGACAUUUAAUAAAGUUACACUUAAGCAAUUACGUUUAUACCAAAAUUAAACAUUUAAAUUUUGAAAAUCAUUGUGCAAAAAAGGGAACAUUAAAUAUCCCCCAGUAUCACAAAAAUCCAAGUCACUAAGUGACCUGUUAUUGCGUAACACCACUUCCUCUAAUGCAAUAUCCUGUAACUUUAUAAAGUAUGCCAGGAAUCAGCAAUACUUUAAACAAUGGUCACCAACCAUGCUCCUUUAUUAUUUACUUAUAUUAUGUGCAAUAAACGACCACUUAAUGUUGUGCACUCUCCCUUAGUGAAAAGAUUACACUAUAAUAUACUUGAAAUGCCGUAUCUAAUUUUAGAGUUAUUAGCCCAUGUGAGUGUGCCCUGUGAAGGGUUGGCACACCGGCAUUGGUUGUCCUCUGCCUUGCGCCCAUAGCCUCCGGGAUAGGCUCCAGACCCCCUGCUACGUUGAACAGGAUGCAUUGUCCCCCGCAGUCAACUAAUCACAGCACACUUUUUACCGUGUCUCCGUCUCAUGUUGUUGCAGACUUAUUGUAACUGUAAUACAUCCUUUGUGCUAAGAAUGGACACUCGGAGCACCUGACUGUAAGUGAAUGUGAAGCGCUCUUGCGACCAUUCAAAUAUUAAUUAGAAUUCGCACAUAAAGAAAUCUGCUAAACCAAAAAUAUAUGUACAGCUGAAAUACUCUAUUAACAAGACAAAACACAACUUGUGAAAUGGAUCGCAUCGCAAAAAUGAUCGGUGUCCAUCGCUGUGUUCUGGGCAUUAAGAACCUGUGAUUAAAAUCCACCCGGUCUUCUUUUGAUGAAACACAUUAAACAAUAUCGAAUAUGAUGCUAACUAUCGCGGUGUAACAAGAAUAUUUUUGUAAGGCUUUUCAAGACUGAAGUAGACUUUUCAUGAGCUGUACUCGCCACUGUGCUCAAUGCCCUAAUGAUCUAGUACGUAAAAUACAAUAUCUUCUGCGCUCAUCAUACUAUAUUGUGCGAAUAACAUAAUUAUCUUGGGUGACCAAGUGAAUUAUUGUGUGCGCACAAGUUUAAAUUUAUUGUUCGCUCAAGAUAUUACAUUGUGCACCCAAAAUAAAAAUAUAUAUAAUUGUUUAUGGUACUUCGCUGUCUAGGGACAAAACACAAACCUUCCUGCAGAACCGGUGUCUUGUACUACGAAGCGGGAUUACUGGCUUGGCGGGGCAACUUGUCUGAUUUAAGGUACCACCGUUUAAAUGGACUUCAUAUUAGCUCACUUACAUUUUGCCCAGACUACCUUAAAUCCGACAAGUUACCCCGAUAAGCCAGUAACCCCGCUUCGUAAUACAGGCCACAGCAGGAACCGUAUUUCUAUUCCGGUUUACACAAGGGUGAGGUCAAACUACGCGCCCGUAAAUAUUGAAGCGUCUUAGAUGUCAUCGGCACAUUUAUGCAUGUAAAUAAUAAUACCAAUUGUUUUUUGAGUCCUUUGACCAGAGAUAACUGCCAUUGUGCGCCAUGUUUUAUCGACGCUCUGCACUAGCCAGUUAAUGACUAUGGAUGUAGCCGCAAACGACACCUGCUUCUGGGAGGCGAAUGGCCCGAUUGCUUCUAUGCCUUUAUACUGAGCGAGGAGAAAGACUAGUGGCAACAUUACGCAAUCCUCACGGAAACAUAGCACGCAACUGAAUUUUAUCAAUAACAGUAACAGCAGAUAAAAUUUCCACAUUUAGCGAGAGAAAAAUGAUUAUAGGUGAAUAUGAAAGAUCAAUCACAUUAGUGGGUAAUCCAUGCUACUGUUAAGCAAGCACCCGAGUGGUGAUUUCCGCAAAACAUCUAUUUGUUUCGUAUCUGCAUCAAAACAUUUACGCGUUAAAUAUAUAUGGUAAAUCAAAAAUAUUUUAAGCAAUACUGUCUUCAAAUCAUGAAUGAGCAAACCUUUUAAUGUCGGGGUAAAAAAAUAAACCUUGAAUAAAAAAAUGCUUAAAUCCA